AUGUCAAGAAUACUGCAAACUGAAAUACUAAAAAUGCCUUUUUGGUCAUUUAAACUCACAUUACAUCAAAGUUAUAAUGAUGAUUAUAUUGAAAAUUGUAGUCGUGCAAUGGGAGAUGGUAAUUCUGCAGUCGGAUAUUUUGAUGAGAGUGUGAAUUUCCUUUCGAAAGUGGGAACAUAUGAUCUAGAGGUUACACAUACACUUUCGGUUUCUUUGAAUAAAAUUGGGGAUCUGAAAUAUUAUGAAGGUGAUUUGAAAGCUGCAAGGGAUCAUUACUUUCGGGCUCUUGAUGUUCUAGAUGUGGCUGUGUCCCUUGCGAAAGUCGCUGAUGUAGAUAGAAAUCUUGAUGCUGAGGAUACAACAAUUGAAGGGUUUCAAGAAGCCAUAAAUUUGUUGGAAUCUUUGAAUAUAAAGUCUGAAGAAAAUGCACUGGAACAAUAG